CGUUUUCGCUGUUACAGCUGCUGAUUUCCCGCCUUGCAAGCGCUAUUCAGCGUGCAAACGCAACGUACACAAAAGCGUGGGUCGUGAUUCGAAGCAUUUGCGGUUAUUCCGAGCAAAUUGCAUUUGACUCGGUGAAAUUGAGUUGUUUUUUGGAUAAAUUCGUUGAGUUUAUCGUGUUUAUUCCAUUGAUUGUGUGGUCGAAUCACGAAUAUUUGGGUGCAAGUGUCCUUGUACAAUGUCGUUCAAUUUCAAGGAGAUCAGCGAGCAGCUGAAUAAGGCUAGCUCGGAUGAUCGAGGUACCGGUGUUUCUUUCUCAGGAAAAUCGUUGAAACUCAACUCCGAAGAUGAUGCAAAGGAAGUCUGCGACGAGAUCAAGAAAUGCGAGAACAUGGGCUACCUCAACCUUGAAGGUAACACUCUCGGCCCAGAUGCAGCGAAAGCGGUUGCAAAAGCACUGGAAAGCCAUGGAUCUCACUUGAAGUAUGCUCUCUGGAAGGACAUGUUCACAGGGAGAAUGAAAACCGAGAUCCCCAAAGCCCUGGAAUACCUUGGUGACGGAUUGAACCGUGCAGGUGCACGUUUAGUGGAGCUCGACCUGAGUGACAAUGCAUUUGGACCCAUUGGAAUCCAAGCGCUUGCUGCCUUCUUAAGGUCAAACACGUGCUACACUCUUCGAGUGCUACGUCUCAACAACAACGGUUUGGGUACGGCGGGAGGUAAAAUGUUAGCAGAGGCACUAUUGGACUGUCAUGCAAACAGUUCUAAGGAGGGUCAACCUCUGGCAUUGAGAGUCUUUAUUGCUGGACGUAAUAGACUGGAGAACAAAGGAGCCAAAGCUCUCGCUGAUGUCUUCGAGAAAUUGGGGAGCUUGGAGGAGGUUGUGAUGCCACAGAAUGGAAUUUAUCAUCCUGGAAUCUCUGCAUUAGCUAGUGGAUUAUCGAAUAAUCCUGGAUUGAGGAUUUUGAACCUAAAUGAUAAUACUGUGGGUCCAAAAGGUGCUCAGGCACUCGCGGAUGUCCUUCACAAUUUCAAAGCUCUUGAAUGUUUAAAUCUUGGAGACUGUUUAUUGAAAACUAAAGGUGCAUUAGUAAUUGCUGAUGCCCUUGGUAUUCAAGGAAAUCACAUUUCACUUACAGAGCUUAAUCUCGCGUUCAAUGAGAUUCGUACAAGAGCUGCUGAGUCUCUAGCCCGUGCUGUUGCUGAUAAAAUUCAGCUGACUAGUCUCCAGCUAGAUGGAAAUGCAUUCGGAAAGAGUGGAAGAACUGCUUUGAGGAAUUGCCUGGUGAGUUCUGAACGGAUUGAGUCACUUGGGAGUCUUGAUGAGGAUGCCACAGAUGAUGAAGAGAGUGAGGAUGAGGAGACUGGUAGGGAAGGAGAGGAUGGGGAGGAAGAGAAAGAGACUGAAGGCAGUGAUCAGGAUGAUGAUGUGUAUAUCGAGAAGGAGCAGCCAGUUCAGACUUCUAUCCAAGAGAAGAGCAUGAAGAAACCUAUCGAGGUUAAGGAGUUUAUGAAAUCCUCGACUGGCGAAAAUUUGUUGCUAAUCGAAGGGGAUAAGGUCACCGCAUUCUUGGAGUAUGCUAAGACACUUUGUCAAGGCGAAAACUGUCAGGAAUCAGAGAAAUACGUUGACGAGCUAUUGCACAUUGUGAUGAAAGUCUCUUCGCACUGUGGAAGUGGUUACGCUGAUGUCAGAAUCGAGGCUGAACGUUUGACAGAUCUCUUGUACUCCGCGUUGUUUCAUUAUGCAUUAGAGAAUGAUCAAAUGUCGAAGUUGAAUAAUAAUUUAUUGGUGGAUCUGGGGCUUAUAAAAAGUGAGGACAAAAGUGGUGGAAAAAUUGAUUGGAACCUCGAAGGUUGCUUCAAAGCUCUUGAAAAAGUUGUUCAAAAAGAUUAUUUUCCAUCUUUAACGAAAGAUGCACUCAAGUUAUUCAUCGAAAAACCCAUAAAGACAGGAAGGAAAUUCGUAGAUCCAUUCCAGGAAGUAAAAAUCUCCCUCAAAGCAGUUCUGGAUAAACUUCCAAGCACGUAACGCUCCAGCCGACACAGAGUUUCAAAAAUCAAUAUGUAGAUUUUCCUAAAAUCUGCAGAGAUGUCAUUAUUACAGAGAGAUGUAUUUAUUGUUUAAUCACGUCAACUGGAGGAAUAUCGGUACGCAGGUGUGCUCAAACUAACUCAACUCUUGCUCUUUUACUCUGUAAACAAAUUAUUGAAAUGCUCUUCGUGCUUUUCUGUUUUUAAUAUUUUAAUAUAAAAACGUUCGCAUCCACGAUUUUUGUAUUUACUCUAUU